CUGCGACGCGGCCCCUUGGCCGCCACAUCCGGGGAGCUCUAGAGGCAGAUGUGGUGCCGUUUGGGGCGGGGCCGGACAGCGCCUGACUCUCGGGCGGCUCUUGGGCGGCCAGGGCCGCCCCGGCGAGCAGGGGGCACGACUCCAAUCGGGCCGUCUCCGUCAGCUCCUGCCCCGGGCCGGUGGGCCGAGAGGGUCAGCGUGGGGCAGCACGCCGGCCUCCGGGGAGCAGGGCCUGCGCAGCGCGGCGGCCGGGGCGAGUGGAAGGCAGUUCCUGAUAGUGGCCAGGCAGAGGGGGACGACCCCUUGUUUGUCAGUGGAUGAUCUCUGACAGGCAGGGUGAGGGGAGGCCCGGCCUUCCGAGGAGAAUGGGCGCGAUGAACCCCGUAGAGGGCUUUCCGUGCCCCCGGGGCUUCCCCAGCCUCCGCGGUGCCGCAUCUCGCCCUGGGCCUGGUGGGAGCCUUGGGGGCAGGAUCUGUGCCCGGCUGAGCUCUGUUCAAGCACUUGGAGCUGCUGAGGUGGGCGGUGCUCCCUCAUCCUGUAUAAGCAGGUGUGUGGCUCGGUCACCUGCGAUGUGUCAUGACAUUAUACUGUCCCUUCAGGUAAUGACACAGACCUUUCUCCAGGUACCUCAGCCCCUCCUGCCUGAGUGACUGUCUGGUUUCCCCUGUGCUGUGGAAACAGUGAGAAGUUUUGAUAGACGGGCCUGGUUCUAGGCCCUGGCAGUUGUGUUUGAGCCCCGGUUUCCUUAUAGACAAGGUGAGGAUAGGAACUGGCUCUGGCAGAGCUGUUGUGAGAAUUCAAAGUUGAAUGAUCUUACCGUGGGCAGUGGCAGCAGCCAUGGCUGUGUGUCCCUGUGUUCUCUGGACUUUUCUUCUCCUUCAUUCUUUUCUCCAUUAUGGAUUUGGAGAUCUUAUGUGAGCUCUCUUGUUUUCUGGUUCUCUUCUCCUCCCCACUCCGUCUCCCUUCCCUGCCCACUCCUGGCUCUCCUCUUCGCGGGAUUCGAGUGGACCCCUCUGCCACCUGCUCUCAGGGAACCUCCCGUAACAUGGGCUGUCAUCAGUGGUUCAUGCCGUCGGCCUCUCCAAGGCAGAGACCAUGUCAGUCCUCAUUUGCUGGCCCUUCAAAGGACAGAGGAGUUACUGGGCUUCUCUUCCCCCUCCGCCCUUGGCAGUUGCAGCUGGGGCCUUUCCUCUGGGCCGCCUGAUCACGAGGGAGGAGACCGCGAUGUCUGCUGUGGGGACUGCAUCUCCAUACCUGCAUUACCCUGGUGACAGUCACAGCAGCCGGCAGGCCCUCCGGCUGCCCCCAGCCAGCCUGAAGCCCGACGCCUUCAAAGACCAGCUCCGGGAGCUCUGCAUCCCCCAGGACCUGGUCACGGACUUGUCCAGCGUGGUGUUUGGGAGCCAGCGGCUUCUCCUCAACUCUGUGGCCAGGCGGCGGGGGACCUGGCUGCCCCACGUUGCCAGCUUGUGGUGGAGGGUGGACGUGGCAAUCUCCACCAGUGCCCUGGCCCGCUCCCUGCAGCCGAGUGUCCUAAUGCAGCUGAAGCUUUCAGAUGGGUCAGCAUACCGCUUCGAGGUCCCCACAGCCAAGUUCCAGGAGCUGAGGUACGGCGUGGCCCUAGUCCUGAAGGAGAUGGCGGACCUGGAGAAGAGGUGUGAGCUCAGACUGCAGGACUGACCCGUGCUUGCAGUCCCAGUCCAGUCCCUUGGGGGUGGCUGGCCCCGAUAGGCAUCUCCAAAGUGAAGCCUGUCCUUCCAGGAAGCAUUUUUCAGGGAGCUGUUUGAAUGUAAUGAUGUCAUUCUCUGUUUAAUUAAGAAAGACAACUUUUUCUUCCCUUUGUACUGGAAAUAAAGCAACUAUAAAAAAACAAAACCAAACACGUUCCCCUGGGU